AUGGGACUCAGCUGCUUCAAGUCCUGGAAACAUGAAAGUACAGGCCACAAAGGUAACAGAGACGUGUUGGCCAGCCCAGGCUCGUAUUUCUUCCUAUCUAACAGCGCCGGUCAGGGUGACGAGUGGCUGAAGAGCCUCAACAAGGGAGUCUGGAUUCCUUUCACAGGGGUCUUUGGACAGCGUCUGGAGGAGACGGUGCUGUAUGAGCGACGUUAUGGAGUGCGUUUGGUUCCUCUGGUGGUGGAGCAGUGUGUGACCUUCAUCCGGGAGCGUGGCCUGCAUGAAGUGGGCUUGUUUCGCCAGUCAGGACAGGCCAGUCUGGUCAAAGAGCUGCAGGAGGCUUUUGAUGCAGGGGAGAGACCGUCCUUUGACAGCAGCACAGACGUCCAUACGGUGGCGUCACUGCUGAAGCUCUACCUCAGGCAACUGCCGGAGCCUCUGGUUCCUUACAGCCGCUACCAGGAUUUCCUACUCUGUGGUCAGAAGCUGUCGAGUGACCGAGCACUGGGUAUGGGGGAGUUGAGGAAUCUUCUUCGUGAGUUGCCAGUUGCAAACUUUAAUCUACUCAACUUUAUCUGCCAGUUUCUAAAUGAGGUCCAGAGUUACUCCAGCAGUAACAAGAUGAGCAGCCAGAACUUGGCCACUGUGUUUGGGCCAAACAUCCUCCGAGCCAAAGCUGAAGACCCACAAAGCAUCAUGGGAGGUGCAGCACUGGUCCAGGUGCUGAUGUUGGAGCUGAUCAGAGAGCAUGAGUCUCUAUUCGCCAAAGUCCCCCCAUCCAUCUCUGUCCGUCCACCUUGUGGUUCGCGUGCAUCAUCAAGUUCUCUGCUGCAGCCUCAUCUCCACCCGUCACCCUGCCUCCGCCAGCUGUCUAUGCCUCUCAUUGCAGAUCGCUCUAGAGAGCCAGGACAGGCCGCCGCAGAUGCACAGAACAACAGAAGCUGUUUCUACUCUGCUGCUGCCACAUCAAACUUGUCCUCUGGCCAGAAGAGACUUCUUGGCCAUCGCUACACUUCCAGCCACCCCGAGAACUGCUUUUACCCCCUGCCCUCCUCCAGUCAGCACCAAGCCAACAUAGAUUAUCACCAGCACCACGCUCACCAAGGAGCAUCAGCUGCAAAUAUUCAAGCCUCUACAACCAGCCUCCAGCUUCAAGAUCCACUACCUGACAGCUCCAAGUCCAGACCGAUGCCCAUGGGAUGGGCAAAGGCCUGGCCAACCCCAGGAGAGGCAGGCGCUGGUUUCUGGAGCUCUGGUGGUGCAGAGGAAGAGGGUGCACUGCCAGAAAGAGCCAGCGGAGGCAGCAGUGAGGCUCAGGAGGACAGCCCCCUUUCUGCCUAUGAUAACCUAGACAGAGUGUCUCAAAGUCAGAAGAUAAAGGAUGUCACUGGUGGACCUCUUGAAACCAAUGAUCUGGGAGGCCAUACUGGAACUUGUGAAGUGGAGGUGGAGCUAGAGGAGGCGGUGCAGACAAGGAACUCCUCCUCUUCCUGGUCUUCCUGCGAGGUUCUACCAUUGGACGAGAGUGGUGAUGCUGUGGCCAUGGUUAGUCCUGACAUCUCACCAAAGAGGCCUAAAUGGUUGCCUUCAAGUCAGGUAGGAAAAGAGGAAAACAGUCAUAAUGAGGAACAAGAGGGCCAAAACAAUGACAGUGAUGAUGAGGAUGAAGAUGACAAUGAGGAUGAUGAUGAUGACAUCCACCCCAACUCCCCAGCCUCUGGUUCUAUACUCAGCCCUCUGAGUACAGGCAGCUCAGAGGUAUUCCUCCCCUCUGCUCCUCCAGAACUCCAUGACCCUGAGUCUCAGUCACAUCCCGGGAAUGCUCACUCACUGCUGGAUGAGCUGCGGCAGCUGAUGGCCCAGCAGAAGGCUGAGUACCAGGCCAGGAUACAGAGGUUGGAGCGCUGUAAUGAUGUCCUUGAGCGGCAGGUUGCAGUACUGCGGGUCAGUCUUGAGCAGCAGAAGCGUAGUCAAAGUGUUGCCGAGAUCAAGAUUCGCAACAUGGAACAAGCCAAAGCUGAUGCUGACCUCCGAAACUCCACGCUGCAGAGAGAGAUGGAGAUGUUCUUCCAGAUGUAUGGAGAGUUCAGAAGAAGAGGAGGAGACGAAGGCGGAAGAGGAGGAGGAAGUCUCUGA